AGACAAAAUCAUUUAAUGACAAAACAAAUGUAUAAAAGCUUGGUAUGAUUAACAUAGCAAUCAUUUAGAUUACUGUUUUAAAACUAUUUGCAUUGUUUUUUCCCCCAACAAAAUCGAUAGAUUGUAUAAAAGCUAUGUCUGAAAAUAAGAGAGCAAGCAAAACUAGAUCAACAGAAAGUCGAAAUGCUGGAAGUUCCGAUAAUUCGUCUAAGAAACCAGAAAAUUCUAAACACAAUGCGAAGUAUGAUGAAAAUGGGAUACAUUUAGAAUCCAAAGCUGAUUUAUGUGAUUGCUUAGACAGAACUUGUGACGGAUGUUGGUUCAAAUGCCCAAAGUGCUCAUCUACAAAAUGUGGACAUGAGUGCAGAAACAACCGAUCUUGGGAAUAUUUAAGUUACGAAAUUGAAGGAACUGAUAUCACAGUCAAAAAUCCUUUUUUAAAAGAUUGAUUUUUUUUAUGAACUGUUAUGUUUGUUAUUUAAUUACAGGAAUCAAUAAUUUACUGUAUAUUGUGGUUUUAAUAAAAUGUAAAUAUCCCAAAA